UGGGCUUCGCAGUGUUGUUAACUGAAAAACCCGAGGCUAAGGGGGCUAGGCGGCAUACUCUUAAUAUUUACAGUCCAUGGGUAUGCUGCAAUAACUCCGGGGGCUUCUGUAAUCAGCUGCGGCGUCUUAAGACGUGAAACACCGAUCCCUGUACAUGGGUGACAAACUGACAGAAAUGUCAGAGACUUCAAGUGAUACAGAGUCGUCCUGUGGCUGGACCAUUGUUAGUAAUGAGGGUUCAGAUAUUGAGACGCUGGGCCCAGAGGCUGUGGUGGAGUAUGGAGCAGAGUUGUUAGAGUGCCCUCAAGUGGCCAAAGCAGAGCUGCAGGAACCGGCAUCGGCAUCUGCUGGUGCGUGUGCUGAGGAGGAAGCUGCUGACUCACUUGAUGACACUCUGGGAGAAAAAACUAUUGAUGAGACACUCUAUGCCUCUGAGGCCGGUAACGACACCACAGGGAAAGAGCAUGUGACUGUGCUGUCCUCCAGCGAUCACUCGGACAUCGUGACUCUGAGAGACUUGAAGGAGGAUGAGCACGCUGAGGUGGAAGAAGAGGCAGAAGCAAACAAAGAGUUCUAUAUGGGCACCUCCUGCAGCAGCCAGUAUGCCUUCACUGCUGCUGAAACUGUUUUCCCAGUACAACAGCCUGCAGUGACAAACUCAAGCAGCAGUGAGGACGAAGCCGGAAGAAGCCCAAGUACCGUAAUCCGAAGACGAAGGUUUAGGAAGAAUACCACGAGCAUCGUGACGGAGCCUGAAGAGGAGGAGGAGGAGCUGGAGUCAGACCACAGUGAGGAGGAGGAGGAGGAUAAAGAACAGAGGCAGCAGGAGGAACAGACUGAAGUUAGUCCAGAUGAUCUUGAUGUCAGCAUCCAGGGACAGCGCAGCAGCAUCCUCAACAAGUGUGUCCUGAUCGCCCUCCUCAUCGCCAUCAGCAUGGGCUUUGGUCAUUUCUAUGGUACAGUCCAGAGUCAAGAAAAACAAAAGACUGGGGAGAAAAUCCGAGUGAAUGAGCUUGAUAGUGUGAGAGAUCUGCUUCAGCGACACAUGAGGGAACUACCUUUAACAAAUGAGAAGGGUGACUUUGAUGACCUGGAUGAGCAAAAAGUGAUUUCCCUGCUCACAGAGGUGAUUGAGAAGAUGAAGAAAGAGAACCAGGGGCUCAGCGUCAAACAGGCCCACAUUCAGGCCCAGAGAGAUGACCUGGAGACUUUGCUGAAACAGAAGACUGAUGAGAGAACUAAGAUUAUGUCUCAGCAGCAGAGGGUGAUGGCGGAGAAUCAGCUGCUGAAAAGCUCCCUGGAACGUGAAGAGAAGUCCCUGUCUGCCUUACAGGAGGAGCUGCGAAACCUGCGCUCUAAGAUCAGAGAGCGGGAGGCAACGGGAGCUGCUGACUCACCGCUUUCAGAAAACCAGAGGCUGAAAGACCAGCUGGAGGAGGAGAAACGGUUGAUCCGAAGCCAGAGAGAAGACAUGAUGGUUGAAGCACAGACACUGAGGAAGAAGCUGGACAAGGAGAGGAAGGUCACAGACGAGCUGAGGAGAGAGUUAAACCUGCUGAGAAGUCGUAUGUCUGGAGAAAAGGACGGCGGUUCAGGGUCAGAUGAGCUGCAGUCACGACUGAUGGAGCUGGAGAAGAGACUGAGCUUUGAGCAGCAACGCUCUGACCUGUGGGAGAGGCUGUAUGUGGAAACCAAAGAAGACAGAUCCAAGGGAGACACAGAGUCUAAAGUGAAAAAAACCAAGGAGGGCAUGGCAGGUAAAGUUAAAGAGACAUUUGAUGCUGUGAAGAACUCGACCAAGGAGUUCGUCCAUCACCAUAAAGAGCAGAUAAAGAAAGCAAAGGAGGCUGUGAAGGAGAACCUGAGGAAAUUCUCAGAUUCCGUUAAACUGACUUUCAGAAACUUCAAGGACUCAGCGUCAACCUUCGUUAACAAAGCCAGAGGCUUUUAUGAGAAGAGACAUGGAGAGAAGAACAGAAAGGAGUCGUGGCAGCACAGAUACAAGCCUCACCACAGACACUCGCACAAAUACGACGAGUCCUUCCAGAGCAACGACAACACGCGAAAAUCAGGAGACAAAACUCACCAAGAUGAAGGUCCAAGCACCCACAAGGCCAACCACAAAGGAUGCUCCGGGGUUUUUGACUGCGCUUACCAGGAGUCCAUGAGUCUCUUCAACAAAGCUAUGCAGCCAAUAAGAGCAGACGAGUUUUACCAGCUGAUGCGGAGCUACCUGCAGCAAGAGGUCGACCACUUCCACCACUGGGAGGAGCUUGAGAUGUUCAUCAACAACUUCUUCCACAAUGGAGUGUUUAUCCACGACCGCAUGCUGUUCACAGACUUUGUCAGUGGCGUGGAGGACUAUCUGUCACACAUGCACGAGUAUCAUGGCCACGAUGACGAUGUGUUUGAAGAUCUGGAUGACUACAUUUACAGACACUUCUUUGGAGAGGCUUACAGAAAAAGCUACGGCCCGCGUGGGCCCUUUGAGAGACCCGAUGACUCGAAGGAAUCGUCGAGGGCGAAGCAUCACCAGCGAAAGCAGCAGAGAGCCAGAUCUCAAGCUCACGGUGAACGCAAGUGGAGCCGAUCAGGAAAAACCACAGACAGACACAUAGAUGAUGUCAAAAUAGAACUGGGUCCAAUGCCGUUUGAUCCGAAAUACUAAAACCUUCAGCUGGGUUAAUGUUAUUGUUGCUAAAUUCUAUUUCAGGUUGUAUUUAGAUGCUUUUAUUUGUAAGUUUGCACAAUGUCAAUGUUUUUGCUACUGAAUGUCCUUCAUCUGUUCUGCCUUUAGUGAAGUUGUUGUUUUUAGGUUUGCCUGAAAGAUGUGGCAUCGACGUUAUCUUCACGUUAGUAACUCAAGAAGUCUCACUUUAUUCUACAAAUGUAAAAUAUAUUUUUGACCUCUAGAUGAUUUCCUGCUAAAACAUCACUGACGCACAAAAACAACUUUAGUACUUACAGUAUGUUUAAAAAAAACAAA